GUUUUCUAUUAAGAUGGUAAACGAUUAAUUUAAAUGCCAUUUGAAAUCUUACCCUCAAGAUAACUAUUUAGAGUAUGUGAAAAACAUAAUUGACAGUGAAUAGACAAUAUUAAAUAUUUUUAAUGAUUAUUAAGGAUAAUAAGAAGAAUUUUAAGAAUACAUCAAAACAAAAAUUUUGAAUAAUCCACAACAAUUAGAAGAAAAUCUUUAGUAAACUUAUUAACAAUGGAAUUAAUAAUUUAAAAUUUCAUUAACUAGGAAAGAAAUAUUCACAUUAAUAAUAUUAAUGUAUUACGGCUUAUUAGAACGAGAUUUCUCUAUGGGAGGAUUUUAUAUAAUUAAUAUGAAAUCAAUUAGAUAAUCUUAAAAUUAUCUUAGUCAAUAGAAAUUAAAGUGUAUCAAGAACUAUAUUAAGUUAUUUUAUAUAUAUAAAGACACUAUUUAAAAUUAAUCAGUAGUUUUUUCCAAGAACUCUGUUAAUAAAGAUGAGUUUUUAGGAAAGUAUGAAAACUCUAAUUAUCAAAAUAUUGAUUUUGAAUUCACUAAAUUGAAAAAUGAAGAUCAUAAAAAUUCUACUGUUGUAGAUUUCGCUGAUUAAAAUAUUGGAGGACUUGUUCUUGAUACUAGAAAUUGUGCAUAGGAAGAAGUAAAAUUAAUUUUAUAAAUUUAGAUUGUUAUGCUUAUAUUUCCAGAAGCAAUUGUUUCUAUGAUUUUUAUUCCAUAGAUGACAGAAAUUGAAGCAGUCUUAAUUGAAAACUUGAAAAAAUAUAGCAAUUAUACUGGAUAUGAAUAAACAUUUUAAAGUUUUCCUCCUCAAGAUCUCAACGAAAGUUAUAAUUUACUAGUAUUUAUUUUUUAUUAGAAUUAAGGCUAUAGAUGCUAAACCUUUUUAUAGUGAAAACUAAUUUACAGAAGAAAAUAUCUAUCGAGAACUCAUUAAAUCUUAUGCAGGGUUUGAACUUUCAAUUAAAAAUUAACCAAAUUGCUAUAUUUCUACAGGAAGAUGGGGUUGUGGAAUUUUCAGAGGUGAUCCUAUUUUAAAGACUUUAAUUUAAUUUCUAAGUUUUGCAAUAGCAAUUAAUUAAGUUAAACCAAUAAAUUAAAAAAUUAUUAUCAAUUGCGUCACUGAUUAAUAAUUAUUCUCUUUUGGAAAAUAAUUAGAAGAAUAAUUAAAAUAAAAAGGAAUUUAACUAAAUUUAAUAAAUCUUAAGAAAGCAAUAUCUUAUUUAUAAAAUUAUUAACUUUAAGCCCUAAAUUAGAACGAAUAUAUAAAAAUUAACACAAUUUAUGAGAUUUUGACAGAAGAUAUUCCAUAAAUUGAAGAAAAAGUGCAAGAUAAUAAAGAUCAGAUUUAAUUCUAAGAUGCUCAAGAAAAUUAAAGAAUAAUAGACUAAUCAUAAGAAGUACCAUAAAAUUAGAUUGAACCUCGAUCUGAACCUUAAGAUCCUCAGAACAAUAAAACAAAUUUUAAAAAAGGAACUUAGCUAAUUGUUGCUAUUGUUGCUAUUUCUAUUAUUGGUUAUAAGGUAAAAAAAUUUCUUUAAAAAUGA